AAUAUACGAAAGAAGGCAUUUCGCUCUAGGACACAAGCAGACAUGAUGAGUUUAUUGAGUCUGGCUGUAAUCAUCUGCACAACUUUCCACGCGACGCUGGAAUUGAAGGCUGAUGUGCAAAUGUCAUUUAGACAUUUGACCAUGAGAAAUUCGUUUCCCUUAGGUGGUUUUCAAAAUCUUCACAGUGAGUUUGGGACCCGAGAAAAGCGUGCUACUAAGGGCUGCGAAACGAAUGCCAUUGGGAACAGACUCUCGUCCUGCGUUUCUAUUGCACCUGAUAUGAAUAUUUCAAUAUUAGCCAUGAUGUCAAGUGCUUGUGGAGACGUCGAUUGCUACAUAAAAUGUUUCCUAGAGGCUGUUGGGGACUGCUAUCAGACUGGCCAGAACUUCCAUUUGGAUCCAUCCAUAGUCAAAAUGGGGUUAAGAGCCAUGUGCACCAACCAGGAACUCUAUAUUGGGAUGCGGACCAACUGUGGCUCGCAACUAUUCGACAAGCAGUGUUAUUCGGAUAUGAAUAGGACCCUAUUUAGUACUGUUGCAGACUUCAAUGAUCAACAAGACCAUGCUAACAAUAAGCCUUCUUACUGCGGCGCAAUGGCUACCUACGUUUCCUGUCUGAACAUCCAACCUUCCGGUAACUGCACACCCGAAAUGGCACAGUUUACAAUCGAUAUUACGAUUGCAUCCGGUCAGUUUGAAGUAUGUGGAGAUCAGACGCACACCUUCUUCACAACGUACGGAGGCGAUCUGAAAUGUAGCGCAAGCCAUGUCAUCACAAAUAUUUUCAUAACAUUUCUAGUGGUAAUGUGUGUUAAAUAAUAAGAAUAAAAGAAUAAAUAAGCCUUCCAAACGGAUGGUAUGAAUUACUGCGUACCGCUUGCAUGAACGAGAGCAAAACAAUCACUACUUUCAACCAUGCUCCCGCGCUCUUUAUAUGCAAAAGCAACAGCUAGCAAAAACAAAUGAAUAAAUGAAUUUAUUUUUACCUUCUUAUAUAAUUAUAAUAUUCAUACAAUCUCUCUCGGUACAAUUAAAGGAACGUUUUAGUCUAUUUAUUUAUUUUAUAACAUCGUUUACUGCGGAAUACCACGUGGUAGACCAAUGGGUGCUUUCUAACAACAAUAACAUUCUUUUCAGAAAAAAUAUUCAAUGUAUAAAAAUUAUAAUUCGAUGUUCGUGAAAUUUUAAUUAUUUCGUCAGAUGAUUUAAAAGAACCUAUCCUCAUUUAGAGACUUUCUUCACAAUUCAAAACUGGUAGACUCAGUUAUAUGACACUGGGGCCAUUUUAUCAACAAGCAUACUUCAAGAUAAGAUCACAACUUUCCAUUUACUUUUAAGCAGAAAUUAAGAUUUAAAUUGGUAAAUUUAAAUAAGGAUUGAGUGAUAGUUCCAGCAAAAAUAUUUGUUUAAAAUGGAAAUAUCGUUACAACCAAGAAAAUUGGAUUCGAGAGUCGAUACGAAUGUUGAUAUUACAAUGACCAGAAUAUGUAUAGAUCAACUUACAUCAGCAGUGCAACUGUACUGUGUUUAUUGUUUGUGUGUUUUAUCAUGAAUUGUCUAUAUAUAGCUUUACAAAACAAUAUUCAACGAUAGUUUUUUUUAUGACAGAACAAUGUUAAAAUAUCACGUGAUUCUACAAAAACAAAACAAACAAAAACACCCUUGAAUUAUAUUUUUAGGAUAGAUUCCGUAAGUUUGUGAUUUUUGAUUGUUAUUGAUGUUAACUAAAUAUUUUGUUGAAGAUGUUUUGAAUGAUUUCUUGUAACAUGUGUGUUAUCAAAUUGCCAUUUAGUUAUAACUACAUUUUUAUAAUAUUGUAAUCUCGCUUUGUUGACAUAGAAAUAUGUGUGUCCUCGUUAAUUGUUUGAUAGGCUAUUAAACACAAUAUUAAUGUAAUCGCUAUUUGUUGCAAUGCAAAAAAAGUGUGUCUCACGUAAAGUGUCUGAUAUACCUUCAAACACAAUAUAUAUGUAAUCUCUGUUUGUUGUCAUGUGACGCCGUGUGUCUCUAUUUGAUUGUUUGUAAGCCUUCUACCUGUCAGCUGUUAAACACAGUAUGUAUGUGAUCUCUAUUUCUGAGCAUAUGCUGUAUAGACUUUUUACUUGUGUAUUUAGA